AGCCGCUUGGGCUCAAGGUCCAGCGGCCCAGCACGCGCUUCCCACGGCCUUCCGCCAGCUCCGCUAUGCUGGCUGCGCUGCUGGCGUGGGCGACGCUGCGUGCCGUGUGGGCGCCCUGGGCGGCGGCGCCCGCUGCAUCGGCUGCCCCGGGGGCGGCGGCAGGCACGGCGCCAGCACCGAGAGUGCGCGCUGUUGCCCCAGCUGGCCUGCCGACUACUGUUUCCAACACGCAUCAGCCCUAUUCUUUGCUUCCUCCAGAUCAGAGCUGUGCAUCGUACCAGCUCGCUGACGUGCUUUCCGAGGAUGAGUGUUUCGGAUAUGCGGUGCAGCAUCAUCAAGUUGGCUUGGGCGACAAGACUACUAUCGGAAAGCCCGCUUGGGAUGGCAUGAGUUUUUACGGUUGCGUGUAUAACAUUCCAAAUGAUUUGGUCAUGUUCAACGAUCAGUCACCGAACCCGAGCUUCACUUCUCCAGAACUCCAGUACAUCUGCAUCGGUGUCCUGACGUCGAGCAGUGAGACCAGCAGCACCGUAACCAGCACCGGAACGACCAUUACUGGAACGACCAGCACAAGCGAGUCCAGCAUCACCGCGACUACUGUUUCCAACACGCAUCAGGCCUAUUCUUUGCUUCCUCCAGAUCAGAGCUGUGCAUCGUACAAGCUCGCUGACGUGCUUUCCGAGGAUGAGUGUUUCGGAGAUGCUGUGCAGCAUCAUCGAGUUGGCUUGGGCGACAAGCCUACUAUCGGAAAGCCCACUUGGGAUGACAGGAGUUUUUACGGUUGCGCGUAUAACAUUCCAGCGGAUUUGGUCAUGUUCAACGAUCAGUCACCGAACCCGAGCUUCACUUCUCAAGAACACAAGUACAUCUGCAUCGGUGUCCUGACGUCGAGCAGUGAGACCAGCAGCACCGUAACCAGCACCGGAACGACCAUUACUGGAACGACCAGCACAAGCGAGUCCAGCAUCACCGCGAUUACUGUUUCCAACACGCAUCAGGCCUAUUCCUUGCUUCCUCCAGAUCAGAGCUGUGCAUCGUACAAGCUCGCUGACGUGCUUUCCGAGGAUGAGUGUUUCGGAGAUGCGGUGCAGCAUCAUCGAGUUGGCUUGGGCGACAAGACUACUAUCGGAAAGCCCGCUUGGGAUGGCAUGAGUUUUUACGGCUGCGUGUAUAACAUUCCGAAUGAUUUGGUCAUGUUCAACGAUCAGUCACCGACACCGAGCUACACUGCAACGUUUCUACAAAACAUCUGCCUUGGCGUGGCAACCAUAACCACAUUGCAGGACUCCAAUUGCCCAGACAAUUCAACAGGGCACAGUGUGGGGCAUGGCUGUGUGUGCGAUGCGGGCUACUCGGGUUCGAUAUGGCCUGCAAGAGAUUAUCCAUUCUACAACGGUUCGUGCAUUGCAGUGAAUUGCCCUGAACAUUCCACAGGAGUUAGUGUACCAGACAAUUGUACUUGCGAACCUGGGUACAUGGGAGCAAUUCGGCCUGCAUCGGAAGCUCCGUUCUACAAUGGAUCGUGCGUUGCAGUGGAGUGUCCGGCGGGUUCUUCAGGGACCAGUGUAGCCAACGGAUGUGUGUGUAAUCCUGGCUAUUCUGGCACAUGGACAUGCGAGGCUGGUUAUUCUGACGCGAUCACGGCAACGACGAUCGAACCAUACUACAGCGGAUCCUGCGAGGCCGUGAAUUGCCCAGGCAAUUCAACAGGAAGCAGCGUGGCGGACGGAUGUGCGUGCAAUGCUGGGUUCGAGGGGGUAAUAAACCCCAUAUCAGAACCACCGUUCUACAGUGGAACUUGCACCGUUCUAGAGUGCAGUGCGGCUCCGACGCAUGCCCCCACAGCACUUCCCACAUAUUCCCCGACGUCCGCUCCCACGGUUUCUCCGACGGCUUCUCCAACGCUUGUUCCUACGUUUCUCCCCACGCCUGCUCCUACGCAUCUACCAGGCGUGCCGACUCCGCCCCCGACGGUUGCCCCGACGUUCGCCCCAACGUCGGCGCCCACGCCUGCACCCACACUGCUGCCAUGUGCCAACUUCGACGAAGCUGGCACGUCGUACCCGUGCAAGUGCGGCACUGCGACUUGCAAUCAGGAUGAAUUGUGCUACUUCGCGAGCAGCACAUGUGUGCCGGCGUGUUCAAACAUCGACGCAACAGGGUCGGCGGAUUUGUUUGACACGACGGUGGGCCGCUGCGGGUGUGGUGCGAACAUUUGCACAACCACGAACAGCAGUUAUUGCCACAAGGAAUCAAACAGAUGCAUAGCUUGCAGCUCCGAAGGAACGUGUGAUGAUGUCGUGUACGUGUGUGAGGGGUUUGAGGUUCGUUCGCAUGCAUGGCAGGGGUGCGCUAACUUGCGCAAUGCCGUAAUACCGAGCUCGAUCUAUCUAAUCGGCGAGUUCGCUUUUGCAGACUCGUCCUUGCAGUCCGUCUCGAUCCCAGAAGGGGCUCUCAUCAUCAGGAAUUCCGCUUUCGAGAACACAUCGCUCACAGAGGUGAGGCUUCCGUCCACGCUUCGGGCCGUGUUUGACCGCGCAUUUUGGUCGAACUCCUACUUGCGACACGUGACCAUGUUUUUCCCCAAACCCAGUUGGGGACAGUUGGCAUUCCCAGCGGAUGUAAACAUCACUUACGCGAACGGCAAUUGCUCGCGAGGCGAAAUCCUUACAAGUGAUGGUUGCUCGCAGUGUGAACCGCACGAGAUUCCGAAUCAGGGGCAAGACGAGUGCGUGGCAUGUGAAGCAGGGAAGAUGCCACAUAGCAGUUCAAGCUAUUGCAAAGACUGCGAUGCAGGAAAAUAUUCGGCUGGGGACUCCGUCUGCCAGCUGUGUCAGGCGGGAACCAUUUCAGGCAUUGGUGAUGCUGCUUGCAUGCCUUGCUCAGUGGGGAAAAUUCCGAACAGAGGUGGUAGCGCUUGCGAAAAUUGCAGCGCUGGCAAGUACUGGGCUGGCGACGGGCAGUGCCAAGUCUGUGAGACGGGGCGGAUUUCGAAUCAGGGAUCUAUCACUUGUGAAGAUUGUCCACCCGGGAAGAUGUCAAGCAGCAGCGCUAGUAGUUGCAAGGAUUGCGCUGCUGGAAAGUAUUCUUUUGGUGACACGUUGUGCCAGGAGUGUGAAGGCGGCACGGUUUCCGAGCAAGGAUCUUCGAAUUGCAAGGCAUGCCCAGGUGACCUUCAGCCUACCAACAGCCGAUCAUCUUGCGUUUGUCCAGCUGGUACAAUGCUAGUCGGGAGCAGCACGUGCGAGCCUUGUCCACAGGGUGGCGUGUGUGUUGAUGGAGUUGUGGUGUCCGCGAUUUCGAGACACUGGCUCCCUGCUGGGGACAAUGCAAUGCCUGUCAAGUGCCCCUUGGGCGAGAGGGAUGGCGCAUGUCUAGAGGACAACAACUGCUCAAACGGCUACACCGGCAGUGCAUGCGCGAUUUGCGCAGAUGGAUUCGGACGCUCUGACUCGCGUUGCGUACCGUGUACUGGAGCUGGGAUUCGGUUCUAUAUUGUCAUGGCAGUGUUCGCUGCGAUCGCCAUUAUCUGGCCUGCGCUGAGGGAAUUCGGACCCGACGCCAGCCAGAUCCUGAACUUUGCCGAUCCGGAUCAAAGUGCCAUUGAGGUUUCCACGGGCGAUUUGGCGGACAGUUUUGCUGUGUCUAUUACUGUCGCCUCGCACGCUUCCAGAGUGAGCCAGUCGGUGGCAGGGGCUGCGAGUCGGCUUGAGAAGUUGUUGACCUCGCACGCCAUGCGUGUAGUGAAGGUGCAAGGCCGGAUAUUGUUCCUUUUCUUGCAGGCAUCGUCGGGAUGGAUAGUUACGCUCUACGCCACGUUCCCUCACAUAUUGGACUCGAAUUUCGACGCGUUUCACACUGUCGUCACUUCAUGCACUUCCUGGGUCCAUGCUGUAGUCAACUCCGACAUGCAACUCCGUUUUGGGUGCGUUGUGUUGCCCGACGCGGCGUUCGUGAUGAAGGUUGCCGCAUUACCAAUUUUUUUGACGAUCUAUUUCUUCUCAGACAGAUUGUGCAAGCUUAUCGCGAACAUGACGUGUUUGCAGUCCACGAUUAGAGAACACAGUUAUGGGCACGGAAUUGGGGAAAGAUUGGUUCUCCCAUAUUUUUGGCUCACGUAUUUGUCAUACACGCCGCUGACAUUGGCUAUCGUGUCACACAUGCCGAUCAAGGGAGGCGCAUUCGAUUGCACCCUCGAGGCAUACAAUGGGGGAGAGUGUUAUU